UGUUUUCACCCCUUCUUUCCAGGACUCCGACAUGGUGGUCUUACACUAUUACCAGCGGCCGAGUGAGGCAGAUGCGGCUCUCGGCAGCCUUCUGCAGUCGGCCCGAGCUGUCCUGGGCAAAGGUGUCCAAACGGUACAGAAGGAACUGUGCUUCAACGUCAACUGGACAGGAAAAGCACCCCCAGACGCUCAGGAGACCGAGAUGCUACAUUGGGUCUUUGGCUGCCCCUUUGAACAGGGUGAUAUAGCCACACAAUCUUUCCUCAGCCCAUCCCCUUCUGAUCUGCUCAUUGAGAUUGGCCCCCGACUGAACUUUUCAACAGCGGCCUCCACCAACGCGGUGUCAGUGUGCAGAGCAGCUGGACUAGAAAAGAUCGACCGGAUUGAAUGUUCCCGUCGUUACCUCUUCAAGGUGGGCACGGGAUGUAACCAGCAUCCAUCACCAGCCCAGAAGACCACUCUAGCCUCUUCGCUUUAUGACCGGAUGACGGAACAACGUUACCCAGAGCCCAUCAGCAGUUUUGCUGUAGCAAUCCAGCCGGAGCCGGUGUUCUAUGUCGAUAUUCUAGGAGAAGGGAGGGCUGCCUUAGCAAAAGCUAACAACCAGCUUGGUCUGGCUUUCGAUUCUUGGGACCUGGACUUCUACACCGCUCUUUUCCAAAAGCUUGGCAGAAAUCCCACCAGCGUGGAAUGCUUUGAUCUUGCUCAAUCCAACAGCGAACACAGCCGGCAUUGGUUCUUCAAAGGGCGCCUCCUGCUGGACGGCCAGGAACUGAAGGAGUCUCUCUUUGAGUCCAUCAUGAAGACCCAGGAAUGUAGCAACGCUAACAAUGUCAUCAAGUUCUGCGACAACAGCAGUGCCAUCCAAGGCCGGGAAGUCCUUUCGCUGUGGCCCAGGGAUCCAUCCCGCUCCAGCCCUUUCGAGAAACGUACAUCCACGCGGCAUGUCAUUUUCACAGCAGAGACCCACAAUUUCCCCACUGGGGUCGCCCCUUUCAGCGGUGCCACCACGGGGACAGGCGGGCGGAUCCGGGACGUGCAAUGCACAGGACGUGGGGCCCAUGUGAUCGCGGGGACAGCUGGGUAUAGCUUUGGCAAUCUUCACAUCCCAGGUUACUCAUUACCUUGGGAGGAUCCGUCCUUGCCCUAUCCUGACAACUUUGCCCGGCCUGUGGAGGUGGCCAUCGGAGCCAGCGACGGGGCUUCGGACUACGGCAAUAAAUUUGGAGAACCUGUGCUGGCAGGCUUUGCCCGGUCUUUUGGGAUGCGCCUGGCAGAUGGCGAGCGGCAUGAAUGGAUUAAGCCCAUCAUGUUUAGCGGUGGCAUCGGGGCCAUGGAGGACGUGCAUGUACGCAAGGAACUCCCACAGCCUGGUAUGGAUGUUGUCAAAGUUGGAGGCCCAGUUUAUCGAAUCGGUGUGGGAGGAGGAGCGGCUUCCUCCAUUCAGGUCCAAGGGGACAAUGCCAGCGAGCUCGAUUUUGGGGCCGUGCAACGUGGUGACGCCGAGAUGGAGCAAAAAAUGAACCGGGUUUUGCGAGGCUGCGUGGAAAGUGGAGAAAACAACCCCAUUUGUAGCUUGCACGACCAGGGUGCUGGAGGAAACGGUGAGAGGCGGGAAGAAGGCUUUGUGGCCUUUUUGUUCUUUAUUUCUUUCCUUCUGACUCAGCUGAGCUUUGUGGAAAAUCUCAGUCUGGGAGAUCCCACACUGAGUGUUCUGGAAAUCUGGGGAGCUGAAUAUCAAGAAUCAAAUGCUCUCUUGCUACGCCCUCGCCAUGCAGAUUUCCUGCACCGCCUGGCACGCCGUGAGAGAUGCCCUGUUGACUUUGUAGGCAGGAUUACAGGAGAUGGACGGAUCGUGCUGGUGGAUGACACUAAGGUUCCGGCGAGCGAGACGGAGUUGGAGAAGGGCCAAGUGGGAGAAAGGGCCACACCCGUGAACUUGAAGCUGGAAUGGGUUCUGGGCAAAAUGCCGCGGAAGGAAUUUAUUCUGAAUCGUGCGAAGCGAGCUCUCCAACCUUUGGAUCUCCCUGGUGAUCUUUCUGUGGUCGAUGCCCUCCAGCGGGUGCUGAGGCUGCCCUCCGUGGCCAGUAAACGAUACCUGACCAAUAAGGUUGAUCGCUCCGUGACAGGGCUGGUGGCCCAACAGCAGUGUGUGGGUCCCUUACACACCCCUUUGGCGGACGUCGCUGUGGUGGCCCUCUCUCCCUUUGAAACGGUGGGAGGAGCCACUGCCCUCGGGGAGCAGCCUAUCAAAGGGCUCAUUGACCCUGCCGCUGGUGCCCGAUUGGCUGUAGCAGAGGCGCUCACCAAUCUCGUCUUCGCUCGCGUCACAGACCUCAAGGAUGUCAAGUGCAGCGGAAACUGGAUGUGGGCCGCCAAGCUGCCUGGUGAGGGGGCAGCCUUAGCCGAGGCCUGUCGGGCCAUGUGCUCUGUGAUGGGUGAACUGGGUGUCGCUGUGGACGGAGGCAAGGAUUCUCUCAGUAUGGCAGCCCGUGUUGGCACUGAAACGGUUAAAGCACCAGGGACUCUUGUCAUCUCAGCUUAUGCUGUCUGUCCAGACAUCACUGCCACGGUCACCCCUGACCUGAAAUGCCCAGAAGGGAAAGGGACCCUGCUUCACGUGGCGAUCAGUCCUGAUCGGUAUCGCCUGGGGGGCAGUGCCUUGGCCCAGUGUUUUUCUCAAUUGGGGUUCAUUUCUCCAGACCUCGAUAAUCCCAAGACCCUUGUUUCCUGCUUUCAAGUCACCCAAAGUCUGCUGCAAGAUGGAGUCAUUUCUGCUGGACACGACGUGAGUGAUGGAGGCCUUUUGACUUGCAUGCUAGAGAUGGCUUUUGCUGGAAACUGUGGGGCCCAGAUCGAACUAGGGGCACCUGGCAUUAAUGCCCUGGAUGUGCUUUUUGCCGAGGAGCUUGGGCUGGUGCUGGAGGUGCCCCCCACAGCGGCGGCUGAUGUGUGUCGACGGUACCGGACGGCCGGGGUGCGGUGUGUGCCUGUCGGGUAUUCGGGGGCCCGGGGACCCAGUGCCGUGGUUCGGGUCACCGUGAACGGCCAGGAGGUGUUAGCAGGGAAGGUGGCCACUUUGCGGGCGUGGUGGGAAGCCACGAGCUUCCAGCUGGAGAGGCUGCAGGCCAACCCUGACUGCGUGUCUCAAGAAGAAACGGGGCUGGCCAAACGCACAGAACCCAACUUCACUCUGGCCUUCAAUCCGCAGGAAGAGCUUCCUCUCCUACAGGAAAUGAGUCUUCCUGUGCCCCGCGUCGCCAUCCUGCGCGAGGAAGGAAGCAACGGGGAUCGUGAAAUGGUGGCUGCGUUCCUCAUGGCUGGGUUCCAGGUCUGGGACCUUACCAUGCAAGAUUUGUGCUCGGGUGAGAUGACCCUCGACUCUUUCCGUGGCUUGGUAUUCGUUGGAGGUUUUAGUUACGCAGAUGUGUUGGGCUCUGCCAAAGGUUGGGCAGCUUCAGUGACCUUUAACCACCGGGCGCGGACCCAGUUCCAGGCGUUCCACCAGCGCAAAGACACCUUCAGCUUGGGGGUGUGCAACGGCUGCCAACUGAUGGCGCUGCUCGGAUGGGUAGGAGCGGAGAGACCCGAUGCCAAGAAUGCAGGCGGGACCGUCCAGCCAGGAGUGCUGCUGAGCCCAAACACCUCUGGGCGCUUUGAGUCACGUUUUGUGAGCCUGAGUAUUGAGGAGAGUCCAGCGCUGAUGCUGCGGGGGAUGGCCGGUUCCACCCUCGGCAUCUGGGUGGCACACGGGGAAGGUCGGAUGCGGUUCCGUUCUCCCGAAGUCCUGGCCCAGGUCCGCGCUGCACGUUUGAUCCCACUACGUUACGUGGAUGACCAAGGGGUGCCGACCGAGGAGUACCCUCUCAAUCCCAAUGGGUCUCCCCUGGGCAUCGCGGGCAUUUGCUCUCCGGACGGACGCCACUUGGCCAUGAUGCCACACCCAGAGCGUUGUGUCCUGCCCUGGCAGUGGCCUUGGAUGCCGACCACCUGGCGGCAGUCCAUGAAGGUCUCCCCGUGGCUUCGCAUGUUCCAGAAUGCCUGCGAGUGGUGUUUACGCUAUCCUGAGGGCCAGCCCUGAUCGCAGUUCCUCUGUGGAGCUCUGCCUUUCUAGUGUGACUUGCUACACUCACUCACAAGCUGCUCUGUGCCACUAAUUUACAAGCUGGAAUUGACCAGAUCCCCAAGACUACUGGAUUACUUCCAAGGCUGUUGUCCUCACAUGUUCCUGCCCAAAGUGUGCUCUACAUGAUUAAAUUGGGGAGGAAAUGAACAACAAUGGACAUGCAGUACUCCAAGUGAACACAAGAGGUCAACACUGCACAGGACUCUAUUGAUCUCAUUAGAAGAUCACUUGGGACCAAAUGCGAUUUGCAAUGUACUAAUAAAUGAAAUUGACUUUUA